AUGUCUUCCCACGAAAAGCUCUCCGCCGCAGCCAACGAUCGCAAAGCGCGUCUCGCACAGCUGAAAUCCCUUAAGCGAAAACAGGCGCCAACCUCGGACGAAGCAGACGCCGCUCCCUCUCCCCCCGCACACCAAGCAGAGAUCUCCGACGCAAUUGUUCGGACAGAAGAAGAAGGUGAGGCACCGUCAGUAGCCACCACCUACCUCUCUGGCCGCAACUACGAUCCGACCACGCGCAAUGUCAAACUUGGCUUCGACAAUCUGCCCAUCGCAGACCCCACAAACACGCUCGAGUACAAAGCACAGCAAUUAGCGCUCGAAACCAAGGCGCAGCAGGAAGCCGAAAACAAAGAGGACAAUGGGCUGGACCUGUUCAAGCUACAGCCCAAGAAGCCAAAUUGGGACUUGAAACGCGAUCUGGAACAAAAGAUGAAGAGCCUCGAUGUUCAGACGGAAAACGCAAUUGCGAAACUGGUGAGAGAGAGGGUGGAGGCGCAAAAGGUGAUACGGCAGAAGAAGCCUGCAGACGGAGAGGGAGAGGAGGUGGGCAUGGAGGGAAGCGAGCUGGUCGAGGCUAUGCAUUUGAAGGAGCAAGAAGAGGCCAGAGAUCGGAGGCGGGAUGAGGAGGACGAGGAUGGAAUCUACCGGGCGAAAGUGCGCAUUGGCACAGCCUUCACACUUGCCCUGCAUGAGGCCAUCAGCGACCGAGGACCAUGUGACAUAUUGGAAAGCGUGAAUAUCCGCUCGAAUCCAUCUGUCAGAUCCAAAACCAGAUGGAAGUCAGUAGCCAGGGCAUGGAUCUGA